AUGUCCAACAACCCCCACGACUUCAACGACCCUACCCGGCAGGGCAACGAUUACAACGACCCGAGCCGGCAGGGUAACGACCCCAACGAUCCCAGUCGACAAGGCCAGUAUCCUCCUCCAUGGAAUACUAGUCAGCCCGAGGAGAACCCUGCGAAUCACUAUCCGCCUGCUUCUCAGUACCCUUACCCUCCGGCGUCGUAUCCUCCCCCGACCGCAGAAUACCCUCCCCCCCAAGCGCAGUAUCCGCCUUCGACAAACAUGGCUGCCAUGCACCCGCAUGUUCAGGGCCCCCAAGAUCCCUACCGUCUUCCGCCGCCGCCUGGUGCUUAUCGCCCCGUCGACGUUUACGGCCAACCCGCCACUCAAGUUGUCUACCAGGCCGCCGCUCCUCGACAGCGGACGGCUAUCGCCUGUCGUUACUGCAGAAGACGGAAGAUUCGAUGCUCGGGUUUCGAAAGCUCUCAAGACGGACGCUGCAGCAACUGCACCCGGUUCAAUCAAGAGUGCAUGUUCACGCCCGUCUCCUCGCAAGCACAGGCAUUUGUCCCGGCACACGCCGCGUAUCCCUACUUGAGAAACGGUCAGAACCAAGGGCGCUCGGCUCCUGUAAUGCUCUACGGUGCUCACGGUCAGCCUCUACCGCCUCAACAACAGCCACAAGCAGGUCCCGAUGGUGCCCUCCCACCACCGCAAUCCAUGUAUCAACAUCCGUAUGGCGGUGCACCUCAACCCCUUGCCCCCGGGUCCCAAGAUCACAGACCCAUUGGUCGUCGUGGUUCCGGCUCUGGAUUCGAAUACCCAGACCCCACCAACCUAGCUCCGGUCACCCCCGUUACGUCCAAUCCCGGAUACUCGGCCCAUACCGCUCCAAGUCCCUACUAUCCUCCGCCGCCAACCGAUCGUCGUCCCUCGCCCCAAUCCGCGUAUCCGUAUGAUGGACGUCAUUCGUCUUCCCCCCACGGUUCCCCGUACCCUCCCAUGACCCUCCCCCAGGGCACCCACCCCGUCCAAGGCACUCCCCAGGGCCCUAAUCCGGUUCAAGGCACUCCUCCACCUGGUCCUACCUCUACCCCGGGCAGCUCGCGUGGAGGACUUAACGUUCGCGACAUGCUUAACCCGGGCGACCACGGCCGUUCCGAUGCAGACAAUGAUAUGCUCAAUGCGUUAAACCGACGGGGCAUGAAUAAAUAA